AUGGGGAGCAUUCUAGACCAUGAGAAUGAAAUCAAAGAAGAGGUGGCAAUCUACUACAUCAGCAAAAUGAUGACCGAUUAUGAGUUAAAUGACUCUUCUAUGGAGAAGGUCUAUUGGGCACUAGCCUGGGGUGAUUCCUUUUGGACAAAAUGCACAACUUGUAACGUUCGGUAUAAGUAUCUCCUGAAUUGUCGUGGUGUUUUCAUGGCAAUUAACGAAGGGAUAGGACCUCCAGAUGGCUCGUAUCCUUUUCUUGAUUGUCAACAUUUUCCUGCUCCUGAAAACUGCUAUGCAAAUCAACUUGGGACUAUUACAAAUAUCCCAACCACAAAUGGAGUCGUUGUAUCUAAAUCUAAGCGGAAAUCGUAUUCUGGAUCUUCAGUGGAGGUUGUUGAUACAGAUAUAACCAUCCCUCUCGAGGCACACCCUAUAGGGAAUGGCAAUAAAAACACGAGAUCUCUUCACGAGCCUUCCAAACUGGGCAAGCCCUCAAGGAGAAAGAGUCUUGAUGACACAUGCGUAGAAACGGCAUUGUCUGAAUUAAGAAAGAAGUUGCCAGAGAUAAGGAAAGCUGAUACUGAAGUAGCUGCACUGAAGAAAAACCUAGCAAAUUUACCUCAGAAAGAAGCAGCAGCAGCAGGAAAAUCAGUAGGAGAGGUGGUGGUGUCUAACAAGCCUAGUACUGCCGCAAUUUCUGGCACAGUUGGACUUCAAUCAGUGGUGAGGAGGAGGGCAUCAAUGCGCAUGAAGGUUCCUAUCUCUGAUUUUCACAAUUUUGACAAUGAUAGGGCUGAGCAAUGCUUCAAGGCGAAGCAGAUAUUGGCGCUCUAUGAUGAAAAAGAUGCUAUGCCACGUCUAGAAAAAAUAAAACGGGGAGGAUGCCUUAGAAUUUAUCCUAGGGGCGGGGAUAUAUGGGCCAUAUACAAGAACUGGUCAUCGGAAUGGAACAGGGAGACCCCCUUUGAAGUUAGGCAUCAAUAUGAGAUGGUGGAAGUUAUGAUGGAUUAUGAUGAAGAAGAUGGGGUUUGCAUGAGUCCACUGGUGAAAGUAGAUGGUUACAGGACUGUGUAUGGGAGGAACCCAGAUAAGGGUUCCAUUAGUUGGGUUUUGAAGAAGGAAAAGUUGAGAUUCUCGCAUCGUGUUCCUUCUUGGCGAAUUAGAGGUGGAGAAAGGACUGAUGAUCUGCCAGAAUGCUGUUGGGAUCUGGACCCUGCCGCCACCCAAGAUGGCCUUAUCCUUCAACAGCAGCAAGAACAAGAAGAAGCUGAAGCUGGGAAACAUAAAUGUACUUGA